AUGUCGACUUUCUUCUUCUCCGGGAAAAAUGUUAGCUCUAGGGCUCAAGAUAUUCUCAGUGGUAUUGUGCCAUUGUUGAAGCUUAUCUGUUUAACCGUGAUUGGUCUACUUCUUGCUCAUCCUAAAACUCAAUUAGUCCCGAGAGCUACGUUUAGGUUAUUGAGCAAGCUUGUGUUUGCUCUGUUCUUGCCUUGCUUGAUCUUUACUGAGCUUGGAGAAAGCAUUACACUAGAGAACAUUGUUCGUUGGUGGUUUAUACCGGUCAAUGUGUUACUCAGUACGGUUAUAGGGUCCUUUAUUGGAUACUUGGUCGUUCUCAUAUGUCGACCUCCUCCAGAGUUCACUAGAUUCACUAUUGUCAUGACUGCUUUUGGAAACACUGGGAAUCUCUUGUUAGCUAUUGUUAGCUCUGUUUGUCACACGAAGACCAACCCUUUUGGACCGAGUUGUAACUCGAGAGGGGUUUCGUAUGUCUCGUUCGCGCAAUGGGUCGCUGUGAUUCUUGUGUAUACUGUUGUGUAUCACAUGAUGGAGCCUCCUUUGGAGUAUUAUGAGAUUGUUGAGGAAGAAGGAGUUGAGAUAGAGGAGGUUAAUGUGAGUGCUCAUGAUGUUAGUAGGCCUCUUUUAGUGGAAGCUGAAUGGCCAGGGAUCGAAGACAAAGAAACCGAACAUUGCAAAACACCUUUCAUUGCUAGGGUGUUUAACAGCAUUUCGAGUUACUCGCAGGCUUCUUUGCCUGAAGUUGAUCUUGGGGGAGAAACAGGAGGCGAGAGUUCAAGCCCUAGGUCUAUUCAAUGCUUGGCUGAGCCGAGAGUAAUGCGGAGAAUGAGAGUUGUAGCUGAACAGACUCCAGUCAAACACAUACUCCAACCUCCAACAAUCGCAUCUCUAUUAGCGAUUGUUGUUGGAUCAGUACCUCAGCUGAAAAAGAUUGUCUUUGGGUACGAUGCUCCACUUUCUUUCAUCACGGAUAGUUUGAAUAUAAUGGGAGCCGCGAUGGUUCCUUCUGUUAUGCUUGUUCUUGGUGGUAUGCUCUCUGAAGGACCAAAGGAAUCAACUCUCGGGUUACGUACUACGAUCGGGAUAACUGUUGCAAGACUAUUGGUGCUUCCUUUAGUUGGAAUAGGGAUUGUAAUGUCAGCUGAUAAACUUGGUCUACUUUCCUCAGCAGAUCCAAUGUUGAAGUUUGUGCUUCUUUUGCAGUAUUCAACUCCAAGUGCCAUUUUACUUGGAGCCAUCGCGAGUCUGAGAGGUUACGCGGUUAGAGAGGCCUCGGCACUUCUGUUUUGGCAACACAUCUUUGCGCUUUUGUCUCUUACGUUCUACAUUAUCAUCUUCUUCAAACUCACCGUUGAUAAUGUCCAAGGUAUGCCAUAA